AUGAGCAGUUCGUCCUCCACUUCCUCCCGUCAAGCAUGCCGCAGAACCGUGUACGGUGUGCCUAGUAGAUGUUGGUGUGGCCAAACCCUCGAUACCUGGGUCUCCGAGACAAAGGAGAAUCCUUACCGCAGAUUCUACCGAUGCAAAAUUGCUCUACAGAACAAAGCAGAAAACCAUCUGUUCAAAUGGAUAGACGAAGCCCUCCUUGAGGAGAUACGUAUUGUAGACGCCAAACAUCAAGAUCUACUCUGUGACUUGAAAGCAGUAACGGAAAAAACCAAGAAGGAGGUUGACUCCCAGAGAGAUUUAAUUGUGUGUCGGGGUGAAGAGAUGCAUAACGAAUUUAAAGAAAAAAUGGUUCAGAUGACUAGAUCUAUAGAAGAGGCAACAAGUAAGAUGAAAGAAGAAAUUGAUGCAAAGCUCAACACUGACAUAAACGCAAAGCUAAACAGCAGUGGUCCUAUGAACAAAAUUGCAGCACUGGUGGCAAUAUGCGGAGCUGUGUAUUACAUGUAUUGGAAGCACCUCUAA